AUGGAGUCUGCGUCUCCAGAGGCAGCGGACAAGAGACAGUUCCCGGCUGGCUCCGCGAACGACUUGCUGCUGCUGCGCGCCGCAAGUCUCUCGCCCCACAGUCGCGUAAGAGUCCGGCACGUCCACUUCGUGGGCGGCUGGAGAUGGGCAGGGGUGCCUCCCGACGAGAAGUGUGGCAUCUGCAGCAACGCCUUCGAAGUUCACUGCAGUGCAUGCGACAGACCUGGCGAGGCCUGUCCCCCGGCCUUCGGCGCGUGCGGGCACGUCUUCCAUCUCCACUGCAUCGGCACGUGGCUGAGUCGCGAAGACGCCCUUCGCGAGAGCCAGGCAAACUGUCCUCUCUGCAGGCGUCCCUGGCGUUUCAAAACUGCAAACGAAGCUUCUUCCAGUGAAAGCGACAUGCAGCAAAAUGGACUUCUGGGUUCCCCGUCUUGAGAGUCUCUCGAAUCUCAAGAUCGACAGAUGUGCAUCUUUCCUUGGACAUCUGCGACUACAGACGCACUUGUGUGUGGAUCUGCAUAUACAGAGAGAUGUGUGUCUGUCUACGAUAUGCGGAACGUGUGGAUUCACAGCUGUGUCUUGACAGGUGGAGAGGCCUAGAAAUCCGAUUACGGAAUUGCAGAG